UGAAGCUAAGCUUUCUCCACAAGCUUUGCCUCCCCGCGAGGCUUGCCACUUGAGCUCUUGAUGUUCAUGUUUCCAAAUUAUUCGUUCGAAACUUCUGUGCCGUCAAGAAUUAUAGAAUCAAGUUCGCAAUGAGAAGAUCCACCAGAAGAUCUCUCAUUACUCCCGCUGAAGUUGAAGAGCCGGCGAGGAAUAUCAGUACCAGAUUCUCCUUGAAAUCGUACGUGAAGCGAGUUCAGCUGCUCACGGAUGACCAACGAUUAGCAAUAACAAAAAUGGGGUUUGGGAGUGUGUUGUUAUUUCCCAAUCAUCUGCUCAGCAAAAAUUUGUUAGCUGAGCUAAUGGAAAGAUGGGACUGUGAAAAGCAAGCGUUUAUUUUUCAUCUGGGUGAGAUUUCGAUGACUCUGUUGGAUGUGGCUCUGAUUUUGGGGUUAAGGGUAGUGGGGCGCCCUGUGCUCUUAAAAGACGACGAGCCUUUUUCCGAUUUGGAAGAGGAAUACGGGGCAACCACGUCAAACAGGAAGGUCACAGUGGCUUCACUUGAAAGCAGAUUGGAUUCUCUUGAAGACUCUGCUGGUGAUGAUUUCAUCAGGGCAUUUCUACUGUAUACAUUUGGAACUUUGCUUUUUCAGAGUUCAAAUGGAAAAGUAGAUUCCCGCUAUUUAUCCCUUCUCCGGAAAUUGGAUGAGGUUCGUCAAUUUGCCUGGGGAGCUGCUGUUAUCGAAGAUUUAUCCAAGUGGUUGGACAAGAGGAAAGAAAAUAACGUGCAAUAUGUGGGUGGUUGUCUCAUGUUUCUUCAAACAUGGUCUUAUGAGCAUUUUGACAUAGGCCGGCCUGGCAUGCAAGAACAUGAUUUCGCCUUUCCUCGUUUAUGUCGAUGGCAUAACAAUAAAUCUAAUCAAAGACAAUGGUUUGCUUCAAAGUUUAAAGAUCUGCAGGAUGACCAGGUAAUUUGGACGCUCCAACCUACUUCCCGAGAGUUGGAACUGGACAUAAUCAAAGAGGCAUUGGAGUUACAAGAUGACACUAAGAGGCUUGGAAGUGGACCAGACUGUCCAACAAGUACACCCAUCAGUGUUCCUGAUGUAGAUUCAGGACUACAACACAGCGCUUCUAAAUCUCAGGAAUUACAAAAAGAGCAGGAGGUCAAUUUUGAAAACCAAAUAGUGGAGGACACUACCACAGAGUUGAGCCCAUGUGAUAGAGUUCAUAGAGAUGUCAAUGUUGAAAACUUGAUAGUGGCGGACACUCCGACAAAGUUGAGUACAUGUGAUCGAGUUCAUAGAGAUGUCAAUGUUGAAAACUUGAUAGUGGAGGAUACACCCACAAAGAGCAGCACAUGUGAUGAAGUUGAUAGAGAGUUUGUAAACCUAGCAGAAGAGGAUAGCCCCACAGAGAACGUUUGUGAUCAAGUUUGCAGAGAGCAGGAGGUCAACCUUGAAAAGCUGAUUGUGGAGGACACUCCGACAAGGUUGCACAUUUGUGAUGAUGAUUUGAGGGAGAGACCUGUUAUGUCAGAAGACAAAUAUGCUGAAUUGAAGGAGGAAAUGGGCCGAUUGAGGGAGGAAAAUAGACUUCUUCAGUGGCAGGUUUCUUUAAAUUCGCAAUUUGAGGCACAGAACGCUGAGUUGAAGAAAGAGCUGGACAUCUUAAGGGAAGAAAACCAACGGUUAAGACUCUUAAUAAAUAAUUACGUGAUCCGAAUGGACAACCACAUUUUGUCUGCAGAAACAAUUGAAACUGAAUAAAACAUCACCUGUACUUUAUAUCGCAUUCCAUCUGCUGUAGACUUCAACCUUAAGCGCUUACCUUGAGGGUCAUAGUAACAGCUAUCAGGCCACCUCACUCAUGAUAUCCUCAAAGGCCGUGAUGUUGCCCUCGUGUCAGGCAAUUUCAGUUCUUUGCCAAGGCAUAAACUUUGCUUGGCUACGUGUAUAUAUAUUUGUUGCUACAAAACUGAAGAAUGUAAUAUAGGUUCAGCGGUGUAGACUGUAGACUUGAUCUUGAAGUUGCAAAGACGCUGCUCUCAAAUGAAGCCCUUGCAGGUAAAUCCAUAGGUGACAUUAUUUAUUUUCACCCUUGCUGUAUAUUUUUGGGCUGCUCCGUUUUACAAGCAGAUGGUAUUUGAGUCAAUAAUUAUUUGUUGUAGGUAUUAGUUGUCAUUACUUUAAGGCAUAGAAGUUCGCUAUUCUGUGAUGUUGCACGGAGAUUUCUUUAGUGCCAAUGUAUCUCUUCAUUUGCGUUAAGACCUGGUAGCAUAUUUCUUUAGUCCCCUUUUCUUUACUACCUCUGGACCUAUUUGUGAGAAACAAGUAGUAGUUAAAAUUUGAAUAAUUUUUUUCUUGUAAAUAGGCUUAGAGGUAGUAUGUUCUAACUUUUUUCAAACUCCUUGAAGGUUCAGGGAACUUGA